GGAGCGGCGACAUGCCACCGCCGCAGCAUCAGCAGUUGGAGGAGGUGAUGGGCCACGGCGAUCCCAUGCUAGUGGCGAUGCGCAACAAUUACCGCCAGAGGAUAUUGGAGCAUGCAGAAAGGGUGGUAACUGCGAGAUUACAUAAAGGAUUGAGUGUACCUGCUGAUUGGCAGCGGGGGCUGCCGGAGCUUGCUAGGCGGGUCGAGAAAGUCUUGUUUGAGAAACACCCAAACAAGAGGGAGUACUACAACAUGACGAAUGAACCAAUUCAUCCACAUUUCGAGUUUGCUGUCACGACCUCGCUUGCUCAGACUGAGAGGCAGAGAGCAUCUUCCACUGCCUAUGCUCGUGUCACCCAAGGGGAUACCACCAACGAGCUUGUGAGCACAGUACUAUCUCUGGGGAUGAACUCUAGUGAUGACCACUCGCAAGUGUCGAACAGCAUCUUGGCAAACCGUGCACCUGCUAAUAAGGAGGUCUCAAAGGAACCAAAGUUCACCUGUCCAUUCUGCUUUGACGAGCUGGUCGAUGCGGAUGCGUCAGCGACUAUCUGCGGCCACAUCUUCUGCGACAAGUGCAUCAAGUUCUCCGUCCAGGCUCAGAACAGGUGCCCUACCUGCUGGAGGGGCCUCACCAUGAAAAGCUUCCACCCCGUCUACCUCCCUGCCACGAUGGACUAAACUGAUCCAGCCCUUCUCGUCACUGGCAUUUUGUGAUCCUAUCUGAAAUAUACUUCACCGGGUUAUUGUUACCAUUGAACUUCUGGUACUCGGAAGGCGUGUUACUGAGCCCUUCUUGUCUGCAUCCGUCGCUUUUAAAUAAACCGCAGUCUCUUCCUGUGGGAAAUCGAAACAUGUGCUUUGUACCGUGAAAACAUAUUUUCUUAUCAUUAAAGGUAUAUUUGGUUGUUUGCGCGCUCUAAA